AUGAGCUGCUCCACGCUUGUAAAUCAUGACGAUGUCACUGACAUUGUCAGGAAUAUGUUGCGCCAAGAAGUAACAACAUAUAGGAGAAUAGACUAUCUGGCAACCGAACUACGCUGCGUUACGGACAACGAAGUGAUCGAUGGCUGUUGGAGACAGAGAAUCAUUGAGUGGAUGUACGGAGUUGUCGAUCAUUGUAACCUAAGACGGGAGUCGGUCGCGGUAGCUACUUACUUUCUUGACCUCUCGGCAAGUCGUGGACUAGUUCGAUGCCGCAGGGAUUUUCAGCUUGUUGCAAUGACAAGCCUCAUGCUUUCAAUCAAGCUAAACGAUUCUACAUCUGUGAAGCUCGACAGUAUGGUGAAGUUAGGCCGUGGGCUUUUCAAUGAAGCUGAUGUAAUUGCAAUGGAAACAGAGAUGCUACAUGUACUCGAUUGGCAUGUGCAUCCACCCACACCAGUAUGUUUCAUGCGACAAUUGCUUCGAUUACUUCCCCCAGAAACCUCGGCCAUCGCACGCUACAUGAUUAUGGAAGUCACUCGAUUUAUAUCCGAAGUGUCAACCUGCAUCUACAAGUUUAUCAAAUACUCUUCGUCGUCAAUGUCGAUGGCAGCGAUGAAGAUUUCCAUGGAGAGGAUUGAUACUGCGAUAUUUCCGAGGGAGCAAAGCGAUAGAUUUCUUCAGUCGGUUUCGUCGUUUACGGGCAUAGACUAUUACGGCGAAGCAGUAGCCAGAGCAGCAGAUGAAUUACGAGCAUCACUCGAAAACAACGUGAACCUUCAAGACUUGAUGACUACAAUAGAUGCACAGUGUCACAGGGUCUCUGGUGGGCUGAUGCAAAAACUACCAGCAGACGUAGAAAUGCACGAGAUAGGAUUGCAUUCUCCAAGAGAUGUAUCGUCAAGCACAAUAUAG